UUCGGGAUACACAAGUCUACGCUAUUUUCCACAAGAAAGUUGCAAUUCACCGACUUCAACGGGAGCCGCGACUUAUCAUUCCAAAACACUUCUCUUUAGCCAACCUACAUACCGAAAAAAAUGACUACCACCAUGCAUUUUGGCCCCGAGUGGAUGCGCGCAAAGCCCCAGACUCCAGCUCGCCAACAACCUCCGCCAUCGCCUCAGCCGCAACAAACCGUACCAGCUACACACCAAUCUACUGUAUCAACUUAUUCUUCUCUCGUCACCUCAGCAGUGCAGGAGCAGGAGAAACACGAUGAAUCCCGUCCGUUCAGAUACACUAAGGAAGAGAUGCUCAGGAUUUACAAAGAGGGUGGAGGGAAGGGCGGUCUGGGACUCGAAGUAGAGCGAUGGGAGGGGAUAGUACACGAAGCUGGCAGCGAACCUGCGAGUCUGCGCGAAAUGGACGAGGCCGAGAAGAAGCUGUUUGCGGGGCCACUAAAUUCUGAAAUUCGUCGACGUCAACCAAGUGAUUUAGUAAACACUUUGUCUUCAACAUCCGAUAGACCCAGAGUGAACCACGUAGGUGGCGGGGGUGGUCCGGUGCGCGACCGCCUUGGCCCGAUGAUGGGCAGAAGAAGGGAAAGCGCAGAUCAAGCUGCAUUGAUGCCUCGAAAGUUGUCACUGUCCAACACGCAGGGUAGUUCGUUGGCCUCCCCUCGUGAGGCACUUUCUUCCCCGCGCAAUAGAAUGGGUACCUUUGGUUCUGGUUUUGACGGCGUUCUUAAUAACGGGGACUCUUGGUCGAGGAGACGUCCUUCUACGAGUCUUGUUGGAACAGCCGGUACUCCAGUACGACUGGAGGGCAAAGAUGUGGAGUCGAGGCAUUCGAACAUCAAAGAAGAGGAGGUUCAUGUUCCCUUGGACGUUGAUGAAGAUGACUCACCGGGAACAAACCAACAACUCCCGUCAGCCAGUCCAGAUCGGUCUCGGGCGGUGUCUGCGGAUGACAGUCAGCCACCCACAUCUAUUGUUAGUUCUGUUGUCCAGGGUAUUGCUGAUAUGAACUUGGGAGAACCAAACAAUUUGGAUAUGAGCCUGCAAAUCACAACGGCUACUAGCGCUCCGGUAACCGGUCCCCCGCCUGGUUUACCAGAUUCCGCAAGCGUCGAAUGGUCUUACUUGGACCCUCAGGGUCAAGUGCAAGGUCCGUUCCGUGCUGAUGUUAUGCAGAAGUGGUUUGAUGAAGGUUACUUUACCCCCGAAUUACUCAUGAAACGCACACAUUUGGACGUCGAAUGGAUUCCCGUUGCAACUCUUGAGCGACGCUCUAACGGAGGAAAAGUCUUUCUUUCGCAGCCGCUCUCGGUUCCUGGUCCACCGGGAUUGACUCUCUGCACGGAGUCACCUCACGGCUACUCUCCCGCCCAUGAACAUAGCACCUUUGAUGGUCACCAACCUGUACCACAACGGGCAGUACGAAGCACGACCUUGGAUCCAUCAUACCUCAGUAAUGUCUCUCCUUCAGACUCUCCGUCCUCAUCCUUGGGAGCUGCCACAUUCGGUGACGGCUCGCCGGACCCAACAGUAUUUGGCAGUAGAAGCGGAGGUAGCGCGUACUCCGGUGAUAUUAGCUAUGGAGGCCGUGGACUUGCACCACGGGUGCAACAUCAAGAUCCAGUUGCAGAUCCCAGAGUACCGUUCAAUAACAGGGCACCUGGCAGGGCUACUUCGCUUGAUACAUUUGGCAGUUACAACGAAGGAACACCGUGGUCGACAGGUCUCAGCCCAUUGAACCAGGGCCUCAGCACGAAUGAACGACAUCCUUUCUCCGAUGGCUAUAGCAGCGUAACCUCGAAUAUGAUCGGUCCCAAUAUUCCCGUGACCCAAGUCCAUGGAUUCAACCAGGAGCCGUUCAACGAUGCACCGUACAACGACAUCGGCGGCCUCGGCGGUCACCAACAUCCUCCAUUCGUAAAACAGGUUAUUGAGGCCAAUGGAAUAGCGUUUAGUAAUGGCAUGAUUAAUGGUCUCAGCGAAUCGCAGUACAAUUCUCCGACUCGGUCUCAGUACUCCCAGCCGUCUGCCUCGUUCCCACCCUCUGCGCAACAUCAGGCUGUGUCCCCCUUUGGGGAGGCGUUGACGCAGCCCUCAGUAUCUCCUCACGUACCUCACCCCCCGACCUCUGCCGUACAAGCUAAUAGUGGUACAUCACCCUGGCCUGACCCAUCUCCUGUCUGCCGUACGAGAACAGUUGACACCUCUGCUACCUCAUCACCGGCUGUGACGUCUGCUCAAGCUCAGCAAGGAUUUAACUGGGCUCGACCGAUUCAACCUCCUCAGGCCGUACCUCAACUGAACGAUCCAUCUCCUUGGCUGACGGCGUCUUUGGGGGGUACUGAUGACAGAUGGAAAGAGAUCCCUGAUGGGCAAGGCGCAGAGGAUGUUUGCGUUGCCGGUUCUCCUGUUGAUGGAGGAGUCCCUACUCUUUCCAUCCCGCAGACACCGGCGGAUGAGCUUCCAGUAGCGUCCGCAGUUCCAAUACCAGCGUCUCAACCAGUCCCCCCCAGUAGCGAGCCCCAAGUGACAAGCAAACCUAGCCGUAAGUCAACAGCACAUGAUGCUCAUGCAUCAGUUACUGUUACUGUACCAAAGGGUACACCGGCAAGCGUUGUCAAGGGUCCAUCUCCUGUUUCUAUAAUCUCCCCGCCUGCACCGAAAUCUGUGUGGUCCAGUGCGGACGAGGAGAGGAAGGCGAAACCUGCUGCGACAAUGAGUUUGCGCGAGAUUCAAGAGGCAGAGGCGAAGAUGGCGGAGGCACGUAAGGCUUCUGAGAAGGAGCGGGAACGUGCCCGCAGUAACAUUACAACUUCUCUCGUUGCUUCCGGUUCCGAAGACGCCCAGCCGUUUACUGCAUCCUGGGGAUUGCUGACAUCCCAAGCGGGAGGAAGAAAUAUCGCAGCACCGAAGGAGCCCCCGACGCCUGUUACCCCGAGCGCACCUGUUUGGACGACUGCUGCACCAACCGCUACCGUGAAGAAGUCGAUGAAGGAGAUCCAAGAGGAAGAGGAGAGGAGGAAGAAGGUAGUAGUGAGAGAGAGCGUGGCGUCCGCCGCUGCCCGCCGGCCUUACGCUGAGACUACCUUCAAGACUGCGCCUUGUGUACAGAAUACUGGCAGCGGUGCAUGGACAACUAUUGGGGCAAACGGUAAACCAGCCACGCCUGUGGUUGUUCCCCCGCGACCCGCGGCGACUACGCCUGGCUCAGCAGUUGCUGUAGGAUCUCCGGCUACAGUACCUCGACAACACGGUGCUGCUACGCGUCCGGGAACGUCGGCGGCUACGCUGGCACCUACUAAACCCGCUGCAACACCACGUGUGGAGGAUUCUCCUGUUACUCCGUCGCAUGACUUUUUGAAAUGGCUGAGUGAUUCAUUGAAGGGCUUAAAUAGCUCCGUCAAUUUGGAAGAGAUCACUUCGAUGCUUUUCUCGUUCCCGCUUGACCCGGACCCGUCAACGAUCGAGAUUAUUUCUGACCUUAUCUAUACCAAUAGUACGACGCUUGACGGUCGCAGGUUUGCUUCGGAGUACGUAAACAAGCGCAAGGCCGAUGCUGCGGCGAGGCGAAAUGCUGCCGGCGUAGGUGGUAACAGUGGCAAGCCUAUUUCAAUCGCAGACGUUGUGAAGACCCAGCCAAAGACCGUCCAGCAGGAGUGGGGUUUCAAGGUAGUCAACAAGAAAAAGAAGGGGGGCAGGUCGUAAGCAGGCCGUGAUGUGUCGGCCAGAGUCACAUAGGCAACCCCAGCGAUAUAUUACUCGGGUAACCAAUGCAUCGUUCCCUUCGUUGUGCUGUAUCCUGUGUGAUACCCCUCGAACACUUAAUAAUAUCUUACCAUGCAUCAUAUCUACGCAAGAUUCAGUGGUUCCUCCCUCAAUCCCACUGCUACGUACACAUUCCCACUGUAACCAUACCGUGGUUUUUGCAACACUGCGAACAUCGACAUGACAUUUGGAGCCCACGAAGUAGCUCAUUUGUGCAUAUUAUUCAAUCCUCGACUGAGACAGAGCUGGAGGAUACACCACCGCGACAAGAUUGAGGGUGACUAUUGACAAAUAUCAUCUACUAAUAGUGUACAUUUGACAGAAAACUCGAAGAUCACUUGGGAGUGAGGUACAUAUGUG